UUUUUUUUUGAAGAAAAGGAGCUUAAUUAAUUCUAGGGCUUUUUUAUUUAUUUAUUUAUUUUAGCUUAAUUCUAGGGUCUAGGGCUUUAAAAAUCCCUACUCAAGCUCUCACAUCUUCACUCGCCGCCGUGUACUCCCUCCAAUUAACUGAUUAGUAAGUGUUUGAACGCACAAACCAAGAUGCAGAACGAAGAGGGAGUUAUCACCGAGCUUUACAUUCCCAGAAAAUGUUCUGCCACCAACCGGCUGAUUACUGCAAAGGACCAUGCCUCUGUUCAGAUUAACGUUGGGCAUUUGGAUGAGAACGGCAUAUUCAAUGGCCAUUUCUCCACCUUUGCUCUAUGCGGAUACAUCCGUGCUCAGGGAGAUGCUGACAGUGGACUGGAUCGUCUUUGGCAGAAGAAGAGAGCUGUCUUACAACAGUAAGGCUAGGGCAAGAGAAUCUAGUUAAUUUUUGUUUUUGAAAUUUUGUUCAAGGGUAAUAUGUAGACAUGAACUUUAAGCAAGAUUUGCCUGGUGUGUUACUAACUGUCGUGAAAGCUGCUUUUGCUCACUUAUCUUCGACUUCAAUGGGACAGAUUUUUUCGUUCUGA